GUGUGUGGCGCGGAGGGGCCCUGAGCCCUCCUCGCUGGCUGACUCCGUCCGCUCAGCACUCCCAGCCUAGUGCGGUGCCAGCGAGGGGCGCUCUGUGCCACUGACGAAGCCCGGCAUCUGUCUCCGGCCCCGGCGCUGUGCAUGGCUGGCUUUGGUCAGGUGGGGUUCCCCUGCCGCAGGAACAGCCGUCUAGACUCCUUCCUGAAGCGGCACCUGCGGCAGGAGGUGUACGACGCCAUCCGCGCCUACGAGCUCUGCAUCGUGGUCUCCAACACAGAGCACAGGACCUUCAAGUACGCGGUGCUCAGCGACAAGCUCAUCUACCUGACCGAGAACCCGCCCAAGUCCAUCCGAGGGGUCGUGGCCCUCAAGGACGUCCUGGCCAUUGAUCUGAUUGGUGACUACCCAGACUUUUUGAAUGGACCAGAUAGAGAAAUUAACCAACACAUUCGCAUAGUCUAUUCUUUAUCCACUUUGAAAAAUUCACGUGGAAAUGUAAAAGGUGCUAGGAAAUUACUGUUUCCAUUUACUCGCUUAAAAGUAAAUAAAAAAGUCAAGGAAAAGAAUGAUGGCCCCUCCUUUCAGUCAUCAGCUGAACACAGUAACGAAUAUGAAAGUCUAAAUGAUUCACUUCUCAGGUACCAUCAAGAGAGCUGUUUAACAAUGCCCAGUGCCUCAACUCUGGGUCAUGGCUCUGAGCUGCCCAAUGGAGACCAGAAUGCCUUUCGAGCCUUGUCCAUCCCCUCCGAGAGGAGUUAUUUAUCUACUGUAUCCAAUGGCAUCUCAGGCAAUAGCCUCUCAUCGAUGACUAAUAGAACAGAAAGUAUCCUGUCCUACACAGCAAACAUGAAAGAAUUCCAGACACCAUCAGAUCAGAAAAACUCUCAGAGUGAAGUCCAAUUCAAAUUCAGUGGGAAUGGAAGUGACAUCUACUCUGGAAAUGUUACCAGUGGUGUUAUUUUACCUGACAACCCAAACCUGGAGAAAAAGGAGUCUGAGCUUCACCUGUAUAUUAUUUCUACUACUUCACCCAUGUUUCUACACUUAAAAAGUUCAUGGAAUAAUUAUAUGAUACAAGCUACCCUCUUGCAAGAUCCACUAUAUGCUAGCAAGUUCAAUUCUACAGCUGGAUGUCAGAAGCCAUAUAGGUCUGAAGAGAUGAUUAAACUAUACACACAACUGAAAUCUGAACUCUUUCUUAAAGACAACACAUUAGGACGGAUAGCUUGCUUAAUUGCAGAACUUAAAGUAGCAGCCCAGAGAAACUUCAUUUUCAAAAAACUUUUCUGGAAAACUGGCGACCUGUACUGUUUCCUAGUGAGCAAGCUUCAUGAGUACUUGCCUAAACCUCAGGAUCCCAAAGCAGUUCAAAAUAAAAGCCACAGGGCUGAUCAACUUGAGGCUUGCAUUCAGAUUCUCCAGACUCUGGGACUGAUGUUCAGAGAAACGGAAACUGAGUUAUCACGCCUGAACACUUUAGUUGCAAAAUGGGGAACAUUAAUUACUCUUUUGAUAAUUUUAGUCAGUGAACCUGAAAUUCCCAAAUCUUGUCCUGUAUUUGGUGUCCAGUUUGUGACUGAUUCAUCUUUAGUAGAGCUGUCCUUUGAUGCUAAGUUGCAAAGGCUUAUGCUGGAAUACACAAAUACAGCAACUUCCCUCUUAUAUGAAAUACUGCUUGUUUCUCUACAGGGAGACCUAGGAUUGGGAUCUAGGAAAUUUGCUAUCAGUUGGAUAAUGUCCCUUCUGCAAAGUUUCCCACCCACAAUCUCAUUUGUGGCCAGCAUUGUGAAGCAAGUGAUGAAGGGGCUCCUGACGUCCUUGCCACUUCUGAGCCCAUGCCAGGCUGUUCUGUUGUACCAACAGUUUUACAUCCUCAAGAGUUGCCUGCAGCAUAGUAGCGCACUGGCUGAAUACAUUAGGAACAACCACAAAGAAGAAUUCAGGUACUUUGUUCACAUGCCAACUCUGGAAAAAAGACUUCCACUGUGUUACCCUAUUACACAGACCACUACUAAGCUCAUUCACGAAGUUCUGGACCUGGUUGAACAGGAGCAGUGUGUGAAAUGUUCAUAGAUAAAUACAAGUAGCUUAAAACUUUUAAGAAAUUCACAUUUCUAUUCCUAUAAAGACCAUGCCAUUUACUAAUUUCAAAUCAUCAGGGCUCUGUAUUUCACCUUCUCUUAAAACAGAAUUCUUAGGGAAACUAUUUCUGUAUAGGAGAAAAGCAGUGAAAUAUGUUUUCUCAUAAAUCUCGUGGCACUAGAAGCUAUUGGAUUUCUUCAGGAGAAAAAAAUAUAUAUUUUUUCCCAUCAACCUCAUGGGAGAUUAUGACAGCUCUGUGUGAUAUCUGCGUAUUCUGAGAGCUUUCAGAUUUUUAUAUUUUGAGGAAAGAGUGAAAUACACAGAAUAGAGCAGUGCCUAAUAGGGUACUUUAAAAGUCCCUAAAGGAAAAAUAAAGUCCAUGGAGAGCAAUGCCAAAAAGUAUAACCUAUUCCAAUUGGUAGAGUAACAGUAAGUUGAAUGAAGUCACUAACAGCAUUGGAAAGAGAUUUUUUUGGUAGACAAAGGAAUGGUUAAAGAUAUGUUGAAUAAGAGCUUGGCUACCUCUCACGUGGUUAUGCUUCUCUAGCAAUUGAGGUUUCCCUGAAAUCAGUAUUUCAUGGAGGGAUCAGUAUAAGCAUAUGGCUCUAACAGGAAUCCAAAAUAUCAGUUACUGAUAGAAGGUGGAAAGUUAGGAUUACCUAUGGUCUUUAAAAAAAACAAAGAGAAAUUCUGCCAUUUGAUUCUAGUCUGUAGUAGACUUGUCAGCAAAGUUCCAUUUCUUCCUCUUCGGAAAAAGCAUUGCUUGAGUGCAUUAAUUGCAUUUUUCUCCUUCAACUCUUAAUACAUUUCUAUGUCUUCAUUGUAUUUGAUGCUUUAUGG